GCCGAACUGUCAAAACUGAGCGUAAGUGUCGACAUGUGUUUUAAUUGACUGGCCGAGGUCAGGUUCGGUGUUUGCUAACAAAACGAAACAGUUUUUUUUUUUAUUUAUUUUGCCGGAUGAAUAUUUCAAAAUUAUGAGCGAACAAAAUCGACCUGGUUUCACAACGACAACAAUUGCAGCUGCUGCCGCGGGAAUUGGCCUCUGUUUUGUUGUCACCAAGUAUCGAACGCAAAUUUUAAAGAAAUUGAAAAUAAUUCUAAACAGCAGCGAUCCUCUUCGGAACCAACAAAUUCAAGUGAUCAACAAUGUGGAGGAGUGCCGAGCGCUUAUGCGAAACCUCAAAACGCACUGUGAUGAGUUCAGCGUGUUGGGCUUCGAUUGUGAAUGGGUAACGGUUGGUGGCGUUCGUCGACCGGUUGCUCUAUUGCAAUUAACUUCACACCGUGGUCUUUGCGCUCUGGUUAGAUUGUCUCACUUACAAAUGAUUCCCUCAGAGCUAAAGGAAGUUUUGGAAGAUGAUAACAUAUUAAAAGUUGGUGUGGCUCCACAAGGUGAUGCCAGUUAUUUGGCUCGAGAUUACGGUGUUUGUGUUGCAAGCACAUUUGAUCUUCGUUAUUUGGCUGCGAUGACUGGUUGCAAGACUGGCGGAUUGGCUAAAAUGUCUGAAGACCACUUGAAAGUUACGCUUGAUAAAAACUGGCGCAUUCGAUGCUCCGAUUGGGAAGCACCUACUUUGAACGAAAAACAAAUUAAUUACGCGGCUACUGAUGCACACGUUGGCAUUGAACUGUUCAAAUUUUUUGCCGAAAAGCUGGAACCAAAGGGAUUCGUUAAAAAACAAUCGGCUUAUGUGCAACGCAUCAUCGACGAGUACUGUUUUAGUUUCAUUGACCUAACCUAUAGCGGCUCACAAAUAUUAUCAAAAGAUAGUCAGAGCCAAAAGACUAAGAAAAAUCAGAACGGGUCAAGUAGUGUAUCUCUUGACAAAUUCAAGGAGAGGAAAAUUGCAACGAGACAAAAACCAUUAUACACAAAUGCCUUCUUACAAGCAAAUGAUGGCGAAUUGCUUUGCACUAUUGACCAAAAGAAAGCCAUGUGGUAUGUUAACAAGAAUAUUGGUGAAAUUGUGGCUGAAGAUCCACUUACAGUUCGAUUGAAGUUCGAACCGUCGGGAAGAGCUGUUGGGCAAACCGGCAAAUAUUAUCAGACUCCCAAAGACAACAAAUGCGUUGUUUGCGGUGAAACUGAAAAAUACACCCGAAAAAAUGUCGUACCAAGAGAAUAUCGCAAGAAUUUUCCAUUGACUAACCCAGAACAAUUUACAGUCGUAAUGAAAGAUCACACUUCACAUGAUGUCCUAUUGCUGUGCCCACGUUGUCAUCAAAUCAGUAAUAUGCAUGACUUGAAUCUUCGUGAGAAAUUGGCCAUCGAAUGUAAGGCACCAUUUCCUACGAAAAACACAAAUACAAAAACCGUUGAAGUGCCGCGUUUGAAAGAGCUGAAAUCCAUUUGCCGAGCCUUGUAUUUCCAACGCGAUAAAAUACCGGAAGAACGUCAAUGCCAGUUACGAGCAAAGUUGAACGAACUCUGCCCUGAACAAGAACACUUUUCGGAUGAAUUUUUAAAAUCGUACAUUGAUAUUGAAACGACCGAAAUGAAUGAAAAUUAUUAUGCUCAUGGUGAAAAAGUGGUCGAAUUCUAUCAGAAAAGCAAAGAGGGAUUGGUCAGUUUGGAGCGUAAAUGGAGAGAGCAUUUUCUGCACACAAUGAAACCAAAGUUCAUGCCUGAACUCUGGUCUGUGGAACAUAAUGUUGAGAGAUUGCAAAUCCGUGCCAAUGAGGGUCGAAUUGAUGAGGGUGAUUUGGUUUUGGCCGGGCUGUCUCUGCAAACUGCAACUGAUUGAUAUCAACGAUACAUCACAUUACAAUUUACAUACAACACAUGUAUAUUUCGGAACAAUCAUGAUCGUUAUACUUUUGAUGAGUCGAAAUCAAAAGUAGCUGCUCAACUGGAUAUCUAUUUUUACCUUUUUUUUUCUUCAUUUUUUUUGAAGUACUUUACAAGUUUUUUUAUACUAUAAUUUAUAAAUUCAAUGAAUAAACAGCAAUUUAGCCAAAUCAAA